CGUCAAUAAAAUAAUAAAAAUAUCUUUUUGUAAUCUAAUUCCCUCAUUUAUUUCCACCUCAUCGCCACUAACCCUCCAACUCCCCGGCGAAGGUUCCUUCUCCGUGUCUCAAUCGGAAACCUCUCAAUCAGCGGUUAUUUAUCAGAUCUAUUAGUCCAAAUGCUCCAAUUUUCCCUAUUCGGGUGUUAGCCUUGCCCUAAUUUUCAGGGUUUAUUGUGUUUGGAUUUGUUCUCGAUCGAUUUUAGAGUUCGGCGUGGUUGGUUUCAAAACUUUUGGCCUGAGGAGAUGGUGAUCUGAGCUUUGAGUGAAAAAAUUUGGUUUUCUCAGGCGGGUUUUCCGUUUCUCUUUUGUUUGUCUGCUUGGUUUUGCCGGAAUUGGGUUUAGGCGCUAAUCGUAGGUUAGGGUUUAAGUUUUGAGCUUUUUGUGUGUUCGAAUUAGGUUUAGAACUGAAUUUGAUUAGGAUUAGUUUUGAGGGUUCUCUGCGAGGCGUCGAUUGGGGAAAAUUAUGGUUGGAUCGGAAAGUUUUGGUUCGUCUCCUUCCUCUGCGGAGGCGGAGAAAAAGCAGUCGCCAAAGCAGUGGGGCGUGACGAGGCCUCUGUCUCAUGCGGGGCCCACCGAUGUGGAUAUUCAGAAGAACAGGGAGUUGGAGAAGUUUUUGGUGGACUCUGGACUUCAUGAGAGCGCGGAAGGAGCUGCCAAGAGGGAGGAGGUUCUGGAUAGACUGAGAAAAAUUGUGAAGGAUUGGGUCAAAGAUCUUACUCGGUUGAGGGGAUACACAGAAAAAAUGGUGGAAGAUGCCAAUGCCGUUAUUUUUACUUUUGGUUCUUAUAGACUCGGAGUACAUGGUCCUGGUGCUGAUAUUGAUACUUUGUGUAUUGGACCGUCUUAUGUUAGUCGGGAGGAAGACUUCUUUUAUGUACUGCAUAACAUGUUAGCUGAGAUGGAAGAUGUUACCGAACUCCAACCAGUUCCUGAUGCUCAUGUUCCUGUCAUGAGAUUCAAGUUUGAUGGAAUAUCAAUUGAUCUUCUAUAUGCAAGUAUUUCUCAGUUGGUUGUUCCAGAUGAUUUAGAUAUCUCAAGUAUAUCCGUAUUGCACAAUAUAGAUGAACCAACUGCACGUAGCCUUAAUGGAUGCCGAGUAGCCGAUCAAAUUCUUAAGCUUGUUCCAAAUGUUGAGAAUUUUAGAGUGACUCUACAAUGCCUAAAGUUCUGGGCUAAGAGACGUGGUGUUUAUUCAAAUGUGAUGGGGUUUCUUGGUGGUGUGAACUGGGCUAUUCUGGUUGCUCGUUUGUGUCAAUUUUAUCCCAAAGCAAAUCCCAGCAUGCUAGUUUCUCGUUUCUUCCGUGUUUACACAAUGUGGCGCUGGCCUAAUCCUGUGAUGCUUUGUGGAAUAGAGGAUGAUGAACUUGGAUUUUCUGUAUGGGAUCCUAGAAAAAACCCUUGGGACCGCAAUCAUCUCAUGCCUAUUAUAACCCCUGCCUACCCUUGCAUGAAUUCUAGUUACAAUGUUUCAGCAAGUACCCUCCGUGUUAUGAUGGAGCAGUUUGAACUUGCUAAAAAAAUCUGCGAGGACAUCGAGCUGAACAAAUUGCAGUGGAGUGCCUUGUUUGAACCGUAUCUGUUCUUUGAAAGCUAUAAAAAUUAUUUACAGGUUGACAUCAUUGCCUCUGAUCCUGACGAUUUGCGUUCUUGGAGAGGUUGGGUUGAAUCUCGGCUGAGGCAGUUAACUCUGAUGAUAGAACGGGACACCUGUGGGAAACUACAGUGCCAUCCUUACCCACACGAUUACACGGAUUCUUCGAAGCAGUGUGCUCAUUGUGCCUUCUUCAUGGGUUUACAGAGGAAACAAGGGGAAGUCAUUCAAGAAGGCCAGCAAUUUGAUAUCCGCCAGACAGUUGACGAGUUUAGGCAUCAGAUAAACUCAUACCUGUAUUGGAAGCCUGGGAUGGAUAUAUACGUAUCUCAUGUCCGUAGAAAGCAAAUCCCCUCAUAUGUAUUCCCAGAUGGAUACAGAAGGAGCCGACAUAUUAGGUCCACAAGUCAGAUGAAGGUUGAUAAGACUCUCAUUGAAAGCAGCGAGGCCUGUGGGCUCGUAUCUGCCGAAAGAUUACUGAAACGGAAAAUAGAGCUUCACGGGCCUGAGUCGGAAGGCAGCCCGGAGAAGAGGCAUUCAAUUAGCCCCCAGAGCCAAACAUCGGUUUCGCCUGAACUCGUUUGUUGCUCUACCCUUUCUGAAACAAUAAAAGAGAAAGUUGCAAUGAACGGGCCAUUUCCUUUUAUGAAUGGAAUGAUUCAGGAAGUGGGCACUAUGGUUCAAGAGCCUGCUGCUAUAGAAAAAGAGAUGGGUGCAGUUUUAAUGACAUCAGACCAGGGUAUGCACUGCAAUGCUGAUAAUGGUUGCCUGUCUGCGGCUAAUGAACAGAUGAUAUUGGAUAAUGGACGUGAGAAUGGCGCUUCUGUGUUGGGAGAUGGAUUACGGGAGCAGUUAGAGCCUAAUGCUGCCCUCUCGAGGGUCCUUCAAUCUGGAGAUGGAGUCGGUUCGGAGCCAGUAGAGAAGAACGUGAUGAGGCAUGUCUAUCGAAAUUCGACAACUGUUUCAGCAGGUUUAGUCUUGCUUCGACUGCAUGAAUGGCAGAAGAUCAUUGGUGAGCAUGUCCAAAAGCCAGCCAGCUCGGGUAAGUAUCGUAUACGUUUCGUUUCGAGGCAAACGCUAUCUUUAAAUCAAGCAAAAGCCUCUCUUCUGAAGAAUACUCUGGUGUCUUGUCAGGAAAGUUCGUCCUAGUGCUGUUCCUGUUUUUUUUUUUUUUUUUUUU